GGACACUUUAAUCCUCGUACCGUUUCACAGUUUUUACUCCUCCUCAACAGAAGACCCCCAUUUCUGCUCGACCGCGGUACUUCUCAUACGCUCCCCCGAGUCCAGACGGAACCGGUCCCACCAGCCCACUGCGACCACAGAGCAUGGUGUUACCGUCGACCACCCUGCAGGGGGAGGACGAUGACCGAGGUAACAAACCUGGACUUAGAGAUCAGCCUCAUGAUCUCAGGUGUGCAGACUGAAGCUGAACCUGUCUGUGAGCGCCAUCUAGUCUGCAGUUCCUGAGCAUGAAUGGAUGAAUGAAUGAAUGCAGGGCCGGCUGGUGGAUUUUGGUGGCCCUAAGCAAGAUUUUGUUUGGUGACCCACAUGACAUAUCCUGUGGGUCGAUUCGAUGUCACACAGAAGUUGCAAAAAUAGCCGAAAAUGUCAGUUUUGUGUUCUGGUUCUGUUGACAGUCCUGAUCGUGAACAACGAGCUCCUGGAGCGGUUAGCGGGGAGAAGAGGCUCGACCCGGCCCCUGGUGGUCCCUCGGACCCCGGACACUUCGGCCCCCCUGAACUACCACUCCCCUGCGGCUGAGGUGGAGGCCUGGCUCUCUGCUAAAGGGUUCAGUCUGCAGUGAGUGUCUCAAACUCUCUCAGAAUAUCUGACUAAUCUUAAUCUCAGGAUCGACACUCUGACUUACUUAAACUCCAGCUCUGAACUGGAUUAACUGGAAAUAAUAAGAGAUUAACUCAGAUUAGUCUGAUCUUUGAGAUUACAGGACUGUAAUAAUCCAGAAAUCAUUUAAAAUCAGAUUAAAGACUUUAGUGAUCCUUAAAAUCACAGAUGAUAGUUUUGUACACACACAGUACAUGUCAGAGUCACUGACUCUUUCAGAGACACAGUGGCGCCCUCUAGUGUCCAAACGUCCUCUUUGCCAAUAAGAAGAUCCAGUUUGUGGGUCUGAGCUCCUUUAGAGGAGAAGUCUUUAAGGGAAAUAGGAUUUAAUAUUUUUAAUGUGUUUAAAUAAGUUUAUUAUGAUAAUUUUGUUUCUGUUGACUGAAAAUAAAAUAAAAUAAAAUAAACUAGUUUUGGACAAACACAAUUUUGAUGAUGGUGAAUAUAGUAGAGACUGAACGCUCAUAUUAACCCACUGGACCUUUAACUUUAACUUUAACUUUGACAGACAGAAAGUUUUUAAAGCAGAAAUCUGAAGAUGAGAUUUAUUUAAGGGUGACCGAACCUUAAAGGAGGAGAGGUUUGAUUUUCAUGAUGUCCUCCUCUCUCUCCUCCUCUCCUCUCCUCUCCUCUCUCCUUCUCUCCUCUCCUCUCUCCUCUCUCUCCUCUCUCACCUCCUUCUCUCCUCUCCUCCUCUCCUCCUCUCUCACCUCCUCUCUUUCUCUCCUCCAGGACAGUUCAGAGUCUGGGUAUCCUGACCGGAGCUCAGUUGUUCUCCCUGAAUAAGGAGGAGCUCCGCACCGUCUCUCCUGAGGAGGGGGUUCGGGUCUACAGUCAGAUCAUGGUUCAGAAAGCUCUUCUGGAGGUCUGUGCUGAACUUCAUCUCAUUAUCGUUAAAAUCUGUAAUCAUGAUAUUGAUUAUUUGAAGCUGCUAACAUGCAGAUCAGAGAGGAGGUUUGUCUUCUGACCUCAUAUGAACAGAGACAUUAAACCACCAAAUACAACAGAAACUCUCUUGGAUCAAAGUCGUCCAUAAAGUCUGUUUUCAAGUCUGCAAAAAUAAAACUGCUUCUGUAAAUUUCAGGUGUUUUUCUGCUUUAAUAACUUCCUGUUUUGUUUCUUCUUCAGGACGUUCGUAAAGCUUCAGAGCUGGAGACGGUGAUGGAGAAACAGAAGCUGAAGAUUGGUCUGAAAUCAGAGGGUGUGGUCAUGUGACGG